GUGGUCAUGAUUUACGUUAUCUUUGGUGCAAUAUUAAUUUAAUCUUUUCACUACCCCGUGUCUACAGUGUGAAGCUACUGUCGGAAAUAAAACCGAAUAGUGAAUACUAAUUUAUAUUUUCCUGAUUCCUGCUUUAUCUGUAUGAAAAUAUCUGUACGAGUAAAAGAGUAAUAUAAUAUUUACCCUAGAACUUUUAUUAAUCUAUAGUACGAACACUAGUGUCUAGUACUUUAGUACACUUGUACACUACGAAAGUACGAAAUACGGAAAUAAAAUAUCGAUCUUCAAUAAUUGAACAACGAAUCCAGAUUAAUUCGGUUUCUAUUAAAUAAUUUUAUAUUGAAAUUAAAAGAUAAAAUUGUUUAAAAUUUCAAUCACUAGUCUGAUAAUAUAACAACUGAGUUAUAACUAGUCAUAUUGUUAUUUUUUCUAUUUCAUUAGACAGUGCCCUGCCGUUAACAAUUGAAUCAUGUCUCAGGAAACCGUUCAGAUCCUUAUUGACAUGGGUUUCCAGAAAGAAAAAGCCGAAAAGAGUGUUUUAAUGACAGGAAAUAAAGGCGUUGAACCUGCUAUGGAAUGGUUAUUGGCACACAAUGAUGAUGAAAUGGGACCAUCAACUUCUCAAGAAGGUUCUGCUUCAAACAAGUCAGAUACAAAUACUACCUCAUCUUCAACAGUAGCUAAAUCGUACAAAUGUGAAGACUGUAACAAAUUAUUUACUGAUACUACUGCAUUAGAAUAUCAUGCCAUGAAAUCAGGUCAUAGCAAUUUUGCAGAAUCUACAGAAGAAAAGAAACCAUUAACUGAAGAUGAAAAAAAAGAACAAAUGAAAAAAUUGGAAGAACGUCUAAAGGAAAAGCGUAAGGAACGUGAAGCUAGAGAAAAAGAAGAAGAAUUAGAAAGGGAAAAAAUUAGAAUUCGCUCUGGUAAAGAGAUGGCUGCUGCUAAAAAAAAACUUGAAGAUGAAAACAUAAAAAAAAUUAUGGAUGAAAGAAAACGUGAAAAACAAGAAGAAAAAGUUGCCCGUGAUCGAGUAAAAGCUCAAAUAGAAGCAGAUAAAUUAGCUAGAAAAAAAUUGUAUGGACAAGUUUCAGCGGAAGAACCAAAACAAGUUUUACCAAUAGCUGUAAGUCCUCAAAAACAAACAAAGGAUUAUACGGAAACAAAAUUACAGAUUCGUCUUACAAAUGGUCAAACAAUUGUCCAAACAUUUAAUGUUAAAGAAAUGAUGGCUGCUGUAAGAGUGUAUAUUGAACUAAAUCGUUCUGAUGGUGAUGCUCCUUUCUGUCUUAUGACUAGUUUUCCAAGAAAAGUAUUUACUAGCGAUGACUAUGAAAAACCACUUGAUCAAUUAGGUUUGGUACCAAGUGCUGUUUUAAUCUUAACUAAGCCACAACAAUAAAAUUAAUAAUUAUUAUUUUUGUAAUAUCUAUCUUUUGAAAUUUUUAUAAUAAAUCAAUUUUUUUUUUUUUGUAAGCACAUUAAAACUGGUUGGUUAGUUUUUUACUAAAAUAUACAAUAUGAAUUUAAAUAUAUUACCAUAAAGUUAAAUAAAGAUUUUCAUUUUUAAA